UGCCAAGCGGCUCAAUUGGCUAUCACCACCAGUUCAGUACUCAAUGCUGGAUCGCCCGAGUUUUCUAGCAUCCUGGAGGAGCGUAUUCUGGGGCAAACUGUCCAAACGAAUCUGGAAGAAACUGGCCGUGUCCUAAGCAUUGGUGACGGAAUCGCUCGUGUCUAUGGAUUAAAGAAUAUCCAGGCGGAAGAGAUGGUGGAGUUCUCUUCCGGAUUGAAGGGUAUGGCACUUAACUUGGAACCGGACAAUGUUGGUGUUGUGGUGUUUGGUAAUGAUAAACUGAUUAAAGAAGGUGAUGUGGUCAAACGGGCUGGAGCUAUUGUUGAUGUCCCCGUUGGUGAAGAACUCCUGGGUCGUGUGGUUGAUGCCCUUGGCAACCCUAUUGAUGGAAAAGGAGCAAUUAAUACCAAAUCCCGUCAGCGGGUGGGUGUAAAAGCUCCGGGUAUUAUUCCUCGUAUCUCCGUACGCGAGCCUAUGCAGACUGGUAUCAAAGCAGUCGACAGUCUGGUCCCUAUUGGUCGUGGUCAGCGGGAGCUCAUUAUUGGUGAUCGCCAGACCGGUAAAACUGCCAUUGCUGUGGACACGAUUAUUAAUCAAAAACGGUUUAACGAUGCUGCGGAAGAGAAGAAAAAGUUAUACUGUAUCUACGUUGCUAUCGGUCAAAAGAGGUCUACCGUUGCGCAGCUGGUCAAGCGACUCACCGAUGCGGACGCCAUGAAAUACACCAUUGUGGUAUCUGCAACCGCCUCAGACGCUGCCCCACUUCAAUACUUGGCUCCAUAUUCUGGGUGUGCUAUGGGUGAAUAUUUUCGAGAUAGCGGAAAGCAUGCUUUAAUCAUCUAUGAUGAUUUGUCUAAGCAAGCAGUCGCCUAUCGUCAGAUGUCACUGUUGCUUCGACGGCCACCCGGUAGAGAGGCUUACCCUGGUGAUGUGUUUUACCUCCAUUCAAGAUUGCUUGAACGAGCGGCUAAAAUGAAUGAUGCGUACGGCGGAGGUUCUCUGACUGCUUUGCCAGUUAUUGAAACUCAAGCUGGUGAUGUCUCUGCCUAUAUCCCAACCAACGUGAUCUCAAUUACGGAUGGUCAAAUAUUCCUCGAAACCGAGUUGUUCCACAAAGGUAUCCGGCCAGCUAUUAACGUUGGCUUGUCGGUCAGCCGUGUAGGCUCCGCUGCCCAGACGAAAGCUAUGAAACAGGUUGCUGGCAGGAUGAAACUAGAACUUGCGCAAUAUCGAGAAGUAGCUGCUUUUGCACAGUUUGGAUCCGAUUUGGAUGCUUCUACACAGCUACUUCUCAAUCGAGGCGUGCGACUUACAGAACUGUUGAAACAAGGACAGUAU